UAGGAUGGAUGUCAAUGAGUUUCGGGUGCGUGGAAAGGAAAUGGUGGACUACAUUUGUGGCUACUUAGAUACCCUAGAAUCAAGACGGGUCACGCCUAGUGUCGAACCAGGUUACCUAAGAGAAUUGCUGCCCACCGAAGCGCCUCAUGAUCCUGAAGACUGGGACGCCAUUAUGGCGGACGUGGAGAGUAAGAUAAUGCCAGGGGUUACACACUGGCAGCACCCGAGGUUCCACGCUUACUUUCCAUCCGGGAACUCAUUCCCGUCCAUUCUGGGCGACAUGUUGGGAGAUGCCAUCGGCUGCAUAGGGUUCUCCUGGGCCGCAAGUCCUGCGUGCACGGAAUUAGAGACCAUUGUUCUGGAUUGGCUAGGGAAAGCCAUCGGACUGCCAGACGAGUUCCUUGCGUUUGCACAGGGCAGCAAAGGCGGCGGCGUCAUCCAGACAUCGGCGAGCGAGUGUGUCCUGGUCACAAUGCUGGCCGCAAGAGCUCAAGCCAUCAGGAAGCAGAAGCAGCAGCACCCGUUCGUGGAGGAAGGCGUGUUGCUUUCCAAACUCAUGGCCUACUGCUCCAAAGAGGCACACUCUUGCGUAGAGAAGGCUGCAAUGAUCUGCUUUGUAAAACUACGCAUCUUGGAGCCAGAUGAGAAGUGUAGCCUCCGUGGGGCCACGAUACAACAGGCAAUGGAGGAAGACGAGGCCCUCGGACUCAUCCCGUUCUUCGUGUCAACGACGCUGGGUACAACGUCUUGCUGUUCUUUCGACAACCUGAGGGAAGUGGGUCCUGUAUGCCGACGUUUCGGUGUAUGGCUUCAUGUGGAUGGAGCGUAUGCUGGAAACGCCUUCAUUUGCCCGGAACUGAAGCCGCUGUUGAGUGGUAUAGAGUAUGCUGACUCCUUUAACACGAAUCCUAACAAGUGGCUGCUGGUGAACUUCGACUGUUCUACACUGUGGGUCCGAGACAAGAUAAGGCUCACCUCGGCUCUGGUCGUGGAUCCUCUGUACCUACAGCAUGGCUACUCUCACGCGGCCAUAGACUACCGCCACUGGGGAGUUCCUCUGAGCAGAAGAUUCCGAUCCCUCAAACUCUGGUUCGUGAUACGUAACUAUGGCAUUUCCGGUCUGCAGAAGUACAUCCGGCACCACAUACGUCUGGCAAAGAGAUUCGAGACCCUCGUGCGCAAAGACAAGAGGUUCGAAGUAUGCAACGAAGUUAAGCUCGGCUUAGUGUGCUUUCGGCUGAAGGGAACGGACGAACUAAACCAGAAGCUGCUGAGCAAUAUCAACGCGUCUGGGAAGAUUCACAUGGUACCCGCUUCCGUCAACGAGAAGUAUGUCAUCCGCUUCUGUGCAGUGGUCCAGAAUGCCACGGAGGAACAGAUCGAUUAUGCCUGGGAUGUCAUCACAGAAUUUGCCACGGAACUGCUGGACACACACAACUUGGAGAAGGAUCAGGAGCCAGCAGACGAAGUAUUCGAGAUGUUAGACCGCAAGAAGAAGGAGACACUGGCCUACAAACGCUCCUUCUUCGUGCGCAUGGUCAGUGAUCCAAAGAUCUAUAACCCAAAGAUCGCCAAGACACUGUCACGUUCCAGACAUCGCCACGUCACCGACACCGGCGCUACUGUUGAUAACGGCGUCAGUAUCCAGACACCAAUUGCUUCUUGGAUCAGUUGGCCAUUGGCGUUUCUUUUCCAAGGUGUUUUCGAUGAGGUGUCAUCCAGCGAGGUGCCCGUCAGGUUCCGACACCUGGAUACGAUGGUCCGCUUGAAGGCGGGUCGAGAAGGCACCCAAUCACCAUCAAUGUCACCAGAACGAGAGAGCAAGUCACCCAAGAGAUCACCCAUCAUGUCCAGGAAGACAUCCCCGUCGAAGGAUCAAUGAAACACUAUCAUCCCGGAAAUUACGUAUUAUGAAGCCUUGGUAGGAAAUUCAAAAGCGGUAUCGGGAAGUCCAGUACAUACACUCACAUUCAGGGAGAUUACCAGUCACACACAUUGCUGCAAUUCCUCUCGAGUUCAUACGAAGUGUGUGUAACCUAAUUAAAUCAACAUUUCUUAGCUAUAAAGACUUUAGAACUGUCACCAUCCGAACGUUCGAGCUAAUACCAUAAAUUUUUAAUUUCUAUGUAUACGGAUGCAAAUUCCAGGUCAAUUUACCUGUCUUUUCUUGUGCAGAUCUCUAACGGCACUUCGUAUUCUUAAAAUCAUCCAAAUCUACUAAUUAUAAUUUAAAUCUGAAGGUCACAUAAUUACGUUCCACAUUAUCCGUUGCCUUAGGUAUAUAUAUAUUAUACAUGAUGUUUCGAGUGUCAGUAGUAUUCCCGUCUUCAAGUAACA